UUAACUGCCUGUGUGUUUCCAUUUAUUGUACCCUACACCCUUCACUUACAGGGACCAGCAACAGCGACGGCGCACAGAAACUCCUAACUGUCCUAAUACUAUCUAAGGAGACCCCAUCUCUGUUUUCCUCUAAACACAAAUAAAUAAAAUAUCUGCCUCUGUUCUGUUCAGGAGUGUUGGAAAUGGCGGCGAUUACUACCAUCUUAACCGACGCUUCCGCCGUCGCCCCCGCUGAUUUGUCGUCUUUCCGUACCAUCUCCGACCAUUCACUGUUCGAUUCCGUAACCAAUUGGACUAAACGACGUCUCUUUUCCUCUAAAGGAGAUUCAUCUUUUCCAAUCAGAUCCAUGCACAACACUCAAACCGGCGUCGCUUCUUCCACCAACGGCCAUUUCAACGCUGACAAGCUGAAAUCUACAGUCGAGCUUUUAAACGGCGGGGCAUUAGGACAAGUGAAAAUGAACUCGAGUCACCGGAGAAAAACCAAGAUCGUUUGCACCAUCGGUCCUUCGACGAGCUCACGUGAGAUGAUAUGGAAACUGGCUGAAGCUGGAAUGAAUGUGGCUCGCCUGAAUAUGUCCCAUGGUGACCAUGCUUCUCAUAAAAAAACCAUUGAUCUUGUUAAGGAAUACAAUGCCCAAUUUGAAGACAAAGUUAUUGCUAUAAUGUUGGACACUAAGGGUCCCGAGGUUCGAAGCGGUGAUGUUCCUCGACCAAUACAGCUUAAAGAGGGCCAAGAAUUUAAAUUCACUAUCAGGAGAGGAGUUAGCACUGAAGAUACCGUUAGCGUAAACUAUGACGACUUUGUGAAUGAUGUCGAAGUUGGAGACAUACUAUUAGUUGAUGGUGGAAUGAUGUCGCUAGCUGUGAAGUCAAAGACAAAGGAUUUGGUUACAUGUGUAGUAGUUGAUGGCGGAGAGCUCAAAUCGAGGCGCCAUUUAAACGUGCGUGGAAAAAGUGCAACUUUGCCAUCGAUAACAGACAAAGAUUGGGAAGAUAUCAAAUUUGGGGUGGACAACCAAGUUGAUUUUUAUGCCGUUUCUUUCGUGAAGGAUGCUAAGGUAGUCCAUGAGUUGAAAGAUUAUCUUAAAGGUUGCAAUGCAGACAUUCACGUGAUUGUGAAAAUUGAAAGUGCUGAUUCUAUACCGAACCUUCACUCUAUAAUUUCCGCUUCUGAUGGGGCAAUGGUUGCUCGAGGAGACCUUGGAGCUGAACUUCCAAUCGAGGAAGUCCCUUUAUUGCAGGAAGACAUCAUCAGAAGGUGUCGUGAUAUGCAUAAAACGGUAAUCGUGGCAACAAACAUGCUCGAAAGUAUGAUUAAUCAUCCUACACCAACAAGAGCUGAAGUUUCUGACAUCGCAAUUGCUGUUCGAGAAGGCGCUGAUGCAAUUAUGCUUUCUGGAGAAACUGCACACGGGAAGUAUCCGAUUAAAGCCGCUAAAGUCAUGCACACUGUAGCAUUGAGGACUGAGUCAAGUCUUCCACUCAAUGUUAUGCCUCCUGUUCGUUUUAAUGCUUACAAGAGUCAUAUGGGUGAAAUGUUUGCUUUCCAUUCCACGACCAUGGCUAAUACUCUCAAUACACCAAUCGUGGUCUUUACAAGAACUGGAUCCAUGGCUAUACUAUUGAGUCAUUACCGUCCUUCCUCUUCAAUCUUUGCCUUCACGAACAAGGAAAGAAUUAAGCAGAGGCUGGCGCUUUAUCAAGGCGUGAUACCGAUAUAUAUGCAGUUUUCAGAUGAUGCGGAGGAGACUUUUUCUCGAGCACUAAAGCUGUUAACGGGCAAGAACUUGGUGGAGGAGGGAGAAUUCAUUACUCUUGUCCAAAGCGGAGCGCAACCGAUCUGGCGUCGAGAAUCCACCCAUCAUAUUCAAGUUCGAAAAGUUGAACUAUGAUAGCCUAUGAUGCAAGAGAAAAGACACUUUUUUUUCUUUCUUGUCAUAGAAGUUACGAAAUGGUAGGCAAAUGAUAGACAUGUUUUCAGGUUUUUAACUUUUUUAUUACAAUGUUUGUAAUUUCCUUUUUCUUUUUUUGAGUAAAGAAAAUUGAAAAACAAAAAUAAAAUACCAGUCUUGUAAACAUAGACAAAUUGUGGCAAUUUCAGCAGCUUCAUGCAUGAGAGAUAGCAAAA